GCUACGUUGAAAGCGGUGAUGUCACGGGUUCCCACCCCCCCUCCUCCUGGGGAGAUGUCAAGCGGACCUGUGGCAGAGAGCUGGUGUUAUACGCAGGUCAAGGUUGUCAAGUUUUCCUACAUGUGGACCAUAAACAACUUUAGUUUUUGCAGAGAAGAAAUGGGGGAAGUGCUGAAAAGUUCAACCUUCUCCUCUGGGCCUAACGACAAGAUGAAGUGGUGUCUGCGAGUCAAUCCAAAGGGACUUGAUGAUGAAAGCAAAGAUUAUCUGUCAUUGUAUUUACUUCUUGUUAGUUGUCCAAAAAGUGAAGUCAGAGCAAAAUUCAAGUUUUCCUUGUUGAAUGCUAAACGUGAGGAGACAAAAGCGAUGGAAAGCCAAAGAGCCUACAGGUUUGUCCAAGGCAAGGACUGGGGCUUUAAAAAGUUUAUCAGGAGAGAUUUUCUCCUCGAUGAAGCCAACGGACUUCUGCCUGAUGACAAACUUACUCUUUUUUGUGAGGUUAGUGUUGUCCAGGACUCUGUGAACAUUUCUGGCCAGUCCAACAUGAACAUGCUGAAGGUUCCUGAGUGUCAGCUGUCUGAUGACCUGGGGAACCUUUGGGAGUGUUCACGCUUCACAGACUGCAGCCUCUAUGUGGGAGGGCAGGAGUUCAAAGCCCACAAAUCCAUCCUGGCAGCAAGGUCGCCUGUCUUCAAUGCUAUGUUUGAGCAUGAAAUGGAAGAGAGUAAAAAGAACCGUGUAGAUAUAAGUGACGUGGAUCCGGAUGUCUUCAAGGAAAUGAUGGGCUUCAUCUACACAGGGAAGGCCCCAAAUCUUGAAAAGAUGGCAGAUAAUCUGCUGGCAGCUGCAGACAAAUAUGCGCUGGAGCGUUUAAAAGUCAUGUGUGAAGAGGCCCUGUGCAACAGCCUCUCUGUGGAGAAUGUGGCCGACACCCUCAUCCUGGCAGAUUUGCACAGCGCCGAGCAGCUCAAAGCACAAGCCAUAGAUUUUAUCAACAGGUGCAGUGUCCUCAGACAGCUGGGCUGUAAAGAUGGAAAGAACUGGAAUAGCAACCACGCUACGGACAUCAUGGAGACGGCGGGCUGGAAGUCAAUGAUCCAAUCGCACCCUCACUUGGUGGCCGAGGCCUUCCGUGCCUUGGCUUCGGCGCAGUGCCCGCCCUUUGGUCCCCCCCGCAAGCGCCUAAAACAAUCGUGA